AAAUCCCGAUGGCAACAGAAGACAUCCCGAAAACGGCUAUCAUUACGCCUUUCGGACUUUUUGAAUUUCUACGUAUGCCAUUCGGUCUUCGGAAUGCAGCCCAAACAUUCCAACGCUUCAUUGACGAAGUAUUUCGCGGUCUCGACUUUGUAUACGCAUACUUAGACGACUGCCUCAUUGCCAGUCCAGACAAGGAAACUCACCUUAGGCACUUGGACUUGGCAUUUGACAGGUUACGCCAACAUGGUGUUACCAUCAAUAUUCAAAAGUGUCAAAUCGGUGUUGACUCACUCGACUUCCUGGGUCACACUAUUGACUGCAAGGGCAUUCGCCCACUGGCUACUAAGGUUGAGCCUCCUAAGAAAAACCGUUCUGGACGCACCGUAAGGUUCCCAGAACAUUUGCACACUUAUUUGACUUAACGAAGUCGUGUGAUUCACGCAACUCACUCGUUCGUGGUACUAACUAUUUUUUUUUGACGUAUAAUUUUUUUUAUAUACAGUACCACCAAACACAAAAAUUUUUUUUUCAACAGUUCAU